UCCACGGCGCACGUUCCGCGGCCGACGCCUUACAAGAGGGCGACGUGAAAGCUUUAGGAAAAUGCCUGAACAAUUACCGGAAGCAGAAGCUGACAAUGGCUCCGUCAAGCGAACCUGAGCACGUGCGGCGUCUCAUAAAGAUCUUAGAGACAAGGGCACUCGGAAUGGUGACAUGUGGAGCGGGGGGAGGGGGCUUCUUACUUAUGUUGACGCGCUUGCCGGAUGAUGCAGACAAGGUACAGAACAUAGUGGAGGGUCAUCACAUCGACGCAUAUGUAGCAACGCUGAAUAUAGACGAAGAAGGGUUGCGAAUAAGAGUUGAAGAGGCCGUUGGGCUUUUGGGAGUCGGUGGAGCGUAACGGCGUGAAGUGUGCGACGUACGUACGAGUUGAGAGUAUAUACAGGCGUGCUGGUGCUGUUGUGCCAUAAAGUUACAGGAGUACAACCAAAUAAUCAAAUCAAUCAACUGAG